AUGGGGGCGACACAUGGGGGCCUCCUUUCCAUGUCACUUAAUAGAUGCACAGUGGAGAGUGUCAGUGGGUCGGCGUCACCGGUGAGGCGUGAAAUAACUCUUCUGGGAACUCCUGCAGAGGAGAACACAGGUGGAAAGAUCGACCUGAUAGAGGCAGGGAGAAUCUGCAAUAACUACAUAUUGCAGACAACCCUUCAACCUAUGCUGAUGUUGCGCCGGGUGUCAGUGAAGUACCACGGGAAGCCCUCUCAUGGUGGUGCAUACCCCUGGAUGCUGUACUAGCCCUACAACAACCUCUCCGUGCUCAGGCAGCAGAUGAAACCUGAGUGGAGGGUUCACGGCAUCAUCACACACGGAGGAGAGAAGCCCAACAUUAUCCCUGCCUCCACCAAGUUAGAGUUUUGUCUGCGUACUCCGCUGGUGAAGGAUCUUCGGGACCUCAAGGCCAAAGCAGAGGCUUGCUUCGGGGCAGCUGCCGUGGCAACUGGUUGCCAAUAUCUGGCGGGCUCCACAGACUUUGGCGACGUCUCAUUCAUACUUCCUGGCAUCCACCCUUUUUUCUCCAUCGGCACAGAUGCACUUAACCACACAGAGGAACACACCGAAGCAGCAGGAGCUGAGACGGCCCAGUUGUACACCCUGAGGACAGCCAAAGCCCCGGCUACCACAGCUGUGGAUGUAGUGUACUGCCCCGAUCGGCUCAGGAAAGUGAUAGAGGACUCCAGCCUGGCCAAACUGAAUCUCCAUUAA